AACGGAGACUUGUGUAGAUAUCUAUGAUUCAAGCUGUGUUGCUGCUCAGCGUCUAAUAAGCUCGUGAUGUAACUGUUUAAUAUAUUUGCGUUUAAUUUAAUAAAAUAAAAAAAGUAAUUAAGUGUUUAGGUAUGACGUUGCCUAAGAUUAAAGACGGCGAAUUCACGGCUACGGUUUAUAAACUGAUUAAGGAGGGACGUUAUGGAGACGCUAUACACAUCCUGAGCAAUGAACUUCAAAAACACAUCAAAUCCCGCGCCGCUCUGUCUCUGCUGGGUUACUGCUAUUAUCAUGUGCAGGAUUUCACCAAUGCAGCAGACUGUUAUGAGCAGCUCAUUCAUCUGCACCCAGAGGUGGAAGACUACAAACUGUACUACGCCCAGUCCCUUUACGGAGCAUGUGCUUUCCAGGAUGCGAUGAAAGCUACGUUUCUUUUGGACAGCCCUGCGAAUCACACCAAGAUGAUAAAACUUCAGGCUGCUAUAAAGUACGGAGAGGAAGACUUUUCAGCAGCGAUGGCUUUGGUAGAGCAGUUGCCUACGGACGACCCGGACACCGAAGUGGAUCAAGGCUGCUUGCUGUAUAAGCUCGGAGAAUACGAGAAGGCCUGCACCAAGUUUACAGGCGCCAUGCAAGUCCUGGGAUACCAGCCAGAUUUGGCUUACAACAUCGCUCUCUGUCACUACAGCCUGAAGCAGUACGCCGCAGCCCUCAAGUACAUCCGGGAGAUCAUCGAGCGAGGGAUACGGGAGCAUCCAGAACUCGGAGUCGGCAUGACAACCGAAGGGAUUGAAGUCAAAAGCGUGGGAAACACGCUGGUGCUGCAUGAGACGGCCUUGAUCGAAGCCUUUAACCUGAAAGCAGCAAUCGAAUACCAGCUGAAGAAGUAUGAUGAUGCUCAGGAAGCGCUGACUGAUAUGCCACCCAGAUCAGAAGAGGAGCUCGACCCGGUCACACUUCACAACCAGGCUCUCAUGAACAUGGACACCAAACCCACCGAGGGCUUCGAGAAGCUCGCCUUCCUCCUGCAGCAGAGCCCGUUUCCUCCCGCCACCUUCGGGAACCUGCUCCUGCUCUACUGUAAAUACGAGUAUUUCGACAUGGCUGCUGAUGUGAUGGCGGAAAACGCACAUCUCACCUACAAGUUUCUUUCUCCAUACCUGUACGAGUUCCUGGACGCCAUGCUGACGAGUCAAACUGCUCCAGAAGAGGCGUUUCGGAAGCUCGAAGACAUGGCAGGAAAACUGACGGAGCAGUUACGCAAGGUCACCAAAGAGGUGCAGGAGUCACGACGCACACGGGACGACGAAGGUCUAAAAAAAGCUGUGGAUGAUUACGACCAGCUCCUGGAGGAAUACAUCCCUGUCCUGAUGGCGCAAGCUAAGAUUUACUGGAACCGCGACAACUACAACAUGGUGGAGAAGAUUUUCCGCAAGUCGGUGGAGUUCUGCAACGAGCACGACACGUGGAAGCUGAACGUGGCACACGUGCUCUUCAUGCAGGAGAACAAAUACAAAGAAGCCGUCGGAUUCUACGAGCCCAUCGUGAAGAAACACUACGAUAACAUCCUCAAUGUCAGCGCCAUCGUACUGGCCAACCUGUGUGUGUCCUACAUCAUGACCAGCCAAAAUGAAGAGGCAGAGGAGCUGAUGAGGAAAAUCGAGAAAGAGGAAGAGCAGAUCUCGUACAACGACCCAGAUAAGAAGGUCUUCCAUCUGUGCAUCGUCAACCUGGUGAUCGGGACCCUGUACUGCGCUAAGGGCAACUACGACUUCGGGAUUUCUCGCGUCAUCAAGAGCCUGGAGCCGUACAACAAGAAGCUCGGUACAGACACAUGGUUCUACAUUAAGAGAUGCUUCCUGUCCCUGUUGGAGAACAUGGCCAAGCACAUGAUCAUGCUGAGAGACACCGUUGUCCAGGACUGCAUCCAGUUCCUAGAACACUGCGAAUUGUACGGGAAAGACGUCCCGGCCGUCAUCGAGCAGCCUCUGGAGGAGGAACGCGCACACAUCGGGAAAAACACGGUUACCUACGAGGCGCGCAAGUUGAAGGCUCUGUUCUACGAAGUCAUCGGAUGGAACGACUAA